AGGCUUUGUCAUUCUACUUCGGUUUGUUUUGCAAAUUCGCUGGCGAGUUUCUGUGUGACAAUUCCUGAAAUUUGAUUUUCUAUUUAGCGCAAAAAUUCCUAUAAUUAAAUAUGACGAGACCAUUUCUUUUUGGUGGGUCUUCUUCCUCACAAUCUCAGAAUAAAUAUUUAGUUGAAUUUCGGGCUGGUAAAAUGACUAUGAAGAACAUGGUUGUCAGCGCCGAGAAACGAAAAGGUACGAUAUUUGUGUAUCAAGCUGAUGAUUCUUUGAUGCAUUUUUGCUGGAAAGAUCGAACUUCUGGAAUCGUUGAGGAUGAUCUCAUAAUAUUUCCGGAUGAUGUUGUGUUUAAGAGAGUUCCUGAAUGCACUACAGGCCGAGUUUAUGUUCUGAAAUUUAAAUCCUCCUCGAGGAGAUGUUUCUAUUGGAUGCAGGAACCAAAAACUGAUCGAGAUAAUGAAUACUGUUGCAAAGUCAACCAGUAUUUAAAUAAUCCUCCAGCUGCUGGAUCUUCUCGUAGUGGAACUGGAGGCUCUUUGGGUGGGUCCUCAACUCCAUCUCAAGGUGGUGGAGGUUUGCAGUCCGAGCUUAGCUCAUUAGGGGAUGGAGAUCUUCAAAAUCUGCUGAAUAAUAUGAGCCAACAACAACUUAUCCAACUUCUUGGAGGAGUUGGUGGAAUGAGUGCAAUGCCAAGUUUAAGCAGUCUACUAGGUGCAAGUAGACCAUCAAGUGGUCAGUCUACAUCAUCUAAUUCUGAAUCCACUCACAACAUAGUUGAAACUACGCAUCCGCCAAGGACCACGCAAACUGCAACUGUUACAACUGCAGUAACUACUGUGGCCCCACCCACUGUGACUUCAACUCCAACUACAGCCAGUUCAUCUAUUCAACUUAGUGAUUUACAAAAUAUUUUAUCCAGUCUCAGUGUUCCUGCUCAAGCUGAAAAUGCAUCCAAGCCAUCUGUUGAUUUGUCCUCAGCAAUUACAGUGGAAGCUCUGCAACCACUUUUCAGCAAUCAAGAAUUGAUGAAUAGAGUGCGCACUUUAUUACCACCGUCUUCGGACAUUGCUACCCCUCUUGCUAGCGACCAGAUACGAUUGCGCUCAACAGUACAGUCACCUCAAUUUCAACAAGCCCUUGGAAUGUUUAGUGCUGCUUUGCAAUCAGGCCAAUUAGGACCCUUAAUGCAGCAGUUUGGAAUGGCAUCAGAAGUUGUUGCUGCUGCUAAUUCCGGUGAUUUGGAAGCAUUUGUCCAAGCACCUUCAAAACUCAAAAGAAAGGUCAGGUGGCUCAAAAGAUGAUAAAGAUAAAGAUGAAGACAUGGCUUUAGAUUGAUUUGUCCGUUUUCUGAUGUAUUGAAAUAUCAUUUUUUUUAAAAAUAAAAACUUGUUUCUCCAGUG